AUGGCAAACAAGAAGAAUCCGAUGCCGCCCGCAUCACCCUCUUGGAUCUCCCUGAGGAACAAUCGCGCCAAUAGCAUGCCCGUGCAACGUCCUCGACGUGGCCAACGUGGUGGCAAUGGUGACGGCGGUGGGGCUCAUGGACGUCUCAAACUAUGGGCGCAAUCCAUUCUCGAAGGAGUCGGCGUAUCGUCUCCUUCUCCUCGAAAGGUUUCCCAGCGUGACCGAAGACGUUCUCUGCUUGCCGAACGGCAACGACAAUUUCAGGUUCCUCCUCCUCACGGCAAUCUUUCCUUUUCUUCGAGUCAUCAUCAUCAUCGCCAUAAUUCCAAGACUAACAAGGUGGAGAAUAUCAAUCAUAAUUCGCCAACCCAACAAGACAGCAGUAUUCCAGCCAAUGUCCGAGUGGGCAUUGUCCUCGUUCAUUUGCAAGAACACUUGCCCGAAUACUGUCAACUACUACAAGAACCGACCUUUGUCAAUUGCCAAGAAGCCUGUCAAGUAUUGGCCAAGGCAAUUGCAAAAUCCAUGCCUUCCUCCAUUCAUGCUGGUGGUGGAAGUCCCAAGAAUAACAAUGGAUCUCCCCACUCGGCUUCUAGCCCAUCACGAUCCACACCCUCGCCCUCAAGAUCUCCACUCCGUUCCUUGUUUGGUUCCGGAAGAGACUCUUCUCCACCCACCCGCAGUUUGAUUGUGGAUUCGGCAUUGGCCUUGGAACGAGAAUGGGAACGAUACACCAUGCCAUUGCAAUUGUUGGCAGCCUCCGAGGCCCUAUAUGCCAAUUUGCAUCAUGCUCAAGAUGUUUACAUGGCCAAUCAUUUGGAAGGAUUGUAUCGUUGGUUGGCGGACGAUCUCACCUUGGUCAAGGAAACCUUGUGCGAUUCCGUCCUGGCGACUCGUGGUGGUGCUGCUGCUUCUGCUACUAGCAAUAGUAAAGCAAGUCCCACAUAUCAUCACCGUCGCAAAUUUUUGCAACAGACGGCCCAAAGGAUUGCACCCAUUUUGUUACUCCUUGCAGCCAUGGCCAAACAACGUUCACGAUUGAUUCAAUAUCAAGCAACCAUCUGGGACAAUAACAACAAGAAACAAUUUGGACUCUUGGGGGAAGCACUAGAAAACUUGGGCAAAGCAUGGAACAAUGAAUGGAGUACCAAUGUCAAGAUUAGUGAUGUACCAGAAACAAGCUCACUGGUAGAAUCUCUCUCCAAUGAAUUGACCAUUUGGAAACACUUGCUGGAGACGGCCAACUAUUUGGAAAAGUGCAGAUUCACCGAAAGCAUUUUGAGCAGUCGCAAGACCAAGGUGCGAUUGAAUCCUACCUCGACACUCAAAAUACAACAGUGGUUUGUGACCACGCUGCAGCAAAUGAUUGCCUCUUCCUAUCUGUAUUUUGAUCGAGUUCAUACCUUUGCGAAACCAUUGUAUGGAUUUCAAAAUGCCUCCUUUGUGGAUUCCGAAAACGCUGCCAACUCCAGAAUGGGUGGCUCGCCCCAUGCGCUCGAACACAAGGUCUUGGAGUUUCUGCACAAGCAACAAAAAUCGGGGACCGCCGAUGUCGCCGUGACCAUUGUCCACGAUGCGGUCCAAACCUCCAAUCUGCACAUGGAACGAGGCUUUACACUCAUGGAAUCAGAAGAUGCAUCAUCAUCGACAGUAACAACAACAGCAGCAGAAGAAAAAGACGAAUCAUCCUCCUCCAAGUACACGGAAUUGGAAACCUCCCGAUUGCAUUGGCCAGCCGUCUACAUUCGUUCCACAAAACAUCACGGAGAAGCUCAAAUUGGAGUGAGUUUGUUGGGUGUCAAACGACGUGCUGCUACCAGUCGACGACAAACCAAAGAAGACAACAGUUCCUCCUUUACGGAUCAUUACAAGCGAUGGGGGUCCAAUAACAACAAGGAUGCCAAUUCAAACGCAUCCGGUCCAACCACAAACAAUAAGGCUUCGAACGAAGCCAGUGAAGCGGCCACUCAACGAAACACCUUGGAGUAUGCUCCCGCUCAAGGAUCGGCCUCGUGGCCACACACCGAAUGGGAAAGCAUUGUCGGACUCAUUACGGGGUCGGGUGACUUGCCGUCCACGGCCCGACUGGUGAGCAAUCAAGCCGCUUCCACAGUGACGGAAGAUCAUGGAUUCUUCAAGUUUUUGGGCCAAAGUACGCCUAGCUUGACGCAACUUGGCAAGGAUCCACUACAAGUUCACAUGGAAUGCGUCGUUCGACGUUCCAACAAUGGGCGGACUGCCUUUUGGUUGGCGGAACUAAGCGAAUUUUCGUGGUUGGUAGUAUUGACCAAGACGGAAGAAGAAAGUCGAUGGCAUCGGCGUCGAGGAAGUCGCUUUGAUGAUGUGGAAGAAUUUGUUCAGCUUUUGGUUUCCAAAUUGCGAGUGGAGAAUUGCUUUCAGACUCUGCCAAAAGAUUUGCAAGAGUUUCCAUUCGAACGAGAUUUGUUGCAAGGAAUGGAAAGUGCCAAUGAUUGGAAUGAAACGUCGGCCGAAGAUUUCUUGCUUUCUGUCAAGUAUUCCUUUGGUUUGAGUACGAGAAAACCCAAGGUAGAUCCUCACAAGUACAAUCGGCGGUUUCGGAUCGGGAACAACAGUCCUUCCAUUCCGCAACCACCCAAACCACAAGGCACAAUGGAUUCGAGUGCCAUGGCGUUCUUUUUGGGAUCGGAUCUAAUGUACGGUUUGGCUUGA